CCCUGGAGCUCAGACUCCUCAGCUCCAUUAUAAAUUCCUUCUCCUAUUCUUAGAUUGUAACGCCAGAAAGAGAAUAAACCCAGAAGAAUUGAAGUGCUCAAACAAAAAUCAGAAAAAGUAAAAAUCCUCAACACCAGAAAUGGCAACAUCACAGGUUGAGGUGCAGGGUAGUGAGAUGCAAUUGGAGCACCUAGGCUUUGUGAGGAUUCUGGCGAUAAACGCUGCCGUCUUAGUGUCGAAUCUCUACAUCUAUGCCAAGCAGAAUUCCGGUCCCCUCAAAUCCACUGUUGAAAAGGUCGAAGACGCCGUUACGACCGUUGUAAGCCCUGUUUAUGAGAGAUUCAAAGGCAUUCCUACUGAUAUCCUUGUUUUUCUUGACAAGAAGGUGGAUGAGGCAACCUACAAAUUCGAUGAGCGGGCUCCACCGGCAGCGAAGAAUGCAGCAUCCAAGGCACACUCAAUAGUGAUGAAAGCAUCAAAGGUAUUACAAGACUUGGCAGAGGAAGCUAAAGUUGAUGGUCCACUUGCUGCCAUUUCUCAUGCUGUUGAAAUCUCCAAGCAUUUUUCUGUGGACAAACUGGCUUUUUUGUGGUACAAAGCUAAUCAGUAUCCUGCUUUGCAUGGAGUGUUUCAGAUGGCUGUUCCCACCGCUGCUUACUGGUCAGACAAAUACAAUAAGUUGGUUAAAGACAUGAGUUCGAAAGGUUAUAGUUUCUUCAACUAUGUUCCAUUGAUUCCAGUGGAAGAAAUGGCCAAGGCAUAUAAGCAGGUGGAGGCAGCUGCCGGUAAGAAGGCAGAUACAGGCAGCUCCAGUGAGAGUGAAUCAAACAAGGAGUAGGACAGUGUCCUUUGCUGUGUAGUGUGCUUUGGUGUGAAGAUAAGGUGUGUGCUGAGGUGAAGUAGGCCUCUCUGGAGAUAUGGGUGUUGUAUGCUACUUGUAAAUGAAUCUCGAACAGGCGUGUAGUGUGAUGCAUGCUUCCAUGCUUUAUGUACAUCCCUAUGGUGUCAGUUGAUGGUUCAGUAUUUUACAGUUGGAGGACGUCUAUUUUCUUGUUCUAAUCAGUCAUUUGGCCCAUAAAUGAACUAAUCAGAAUAUGUUUAAGAUA